UUUAUUUCUACAGCUUCUUCUCUUUUCCUUUUAAAAACCUUAAUAAGUUUUGUGGAGAAAGAAAACUAUAUAGACAACUUAGUUUGUUUGGUAGUUGCAUCUUCCCAUCUCUUCCCCCCUCUAAACAAACUCUUUAAAUUGCCACCACUUGAUCCUUUUCUUCUCCCAUAAUCUCUCAACCUCUAGAAAUUUUCCAAAAACAAUUUCUAACUCUCCAUUGUUUUUUACUUGAUCUUUCAAAGUAUACACGAGAAUGGAUCAAAAGAAAAAAGACCCAGUUUCAGUUUCUGACGGUACGGUUGAAUAUGAUCAAUCCAACAAGGCACCAGCAAAAUACUUACCACUUCCUGAUUUUCUCUUGUCAGUAAAACUCAAAUAUGUAAAGUUAGGGUAUCAUGUUCUCAUCUCCAAUGCUAUGUAUCUCAUUCUAACACCUCUCUUCAUUAUCGUAUCUGUUCGUGUCUCGACAUUAAAGUACCAUGAUUUACUCCAACUCUGGGAUCAACUGAGAUUCAACCUCGUCUCAGUUAUAUUAUGUUCAGUUCUCAUUGUUUUUGUAGCCACACUUUAUUACAUGUCUCGGCCACGGAAAAUAUACUUGGUAAAUUUUUCAUGUUAUAAACCUGAACCGGAACGGAAGUGUACUCGAGAAAUAUUCAUGGAAAGGUCUGGAAUGACUGGUAGUUUCUCCGAUGAGAAUCUAGCGUUUCAAAAGAAAAUUCUUGAGAGAUCAGGGUUAGGGCAAUCGACAUAUUUGCCGGAGGCAGUGUUACGUGUGCCGCCGAAUCCGUGCAUGGCGGAAGCGAGGAAAGAAGCAGAAAUGGUUAUGUUCGGUGCAGUGGAUGAAUUGCUGGAGAAAACUGGUGUUCAGGCCAAAGAUAUUGGGAUUGUUAUUGUGAAUUGUAGUCUUUUUAAUCCAACACCUUCACUUUCAGCCAUGAUUGUUAACCACUAUAAGCUUAGAAGUAAUGUCUUCAGUUACAAUCUUGGUGGUAUGGGUUGUAGUGCUGGACUCAUUUCUAUUGACCUUGCCAAACAACUCCUUCAGGCAAUCCCCAAUUCUUAUUGUCUAGUAAUAAGCAUGGAGAACAUAACACUCAACUGGUACUUUGGCAACAACCGAUCUAUGUUAGUCUCAAACUGUCUCUUUCGAAUGGGAGGAGCCGCAAUUCUUCUCUCUAACAGAUCGUCUGACCGUCGACGUUCUAAAUACCAACUCAUCCACACCGUCCGUACCCAUAAAGGAGCUGAUGAUCGGUCGUUCGGCUGUGUCUUUCAAGAAGAAGAUGAAAACAAAAAGGUCGGAGUUUCCCUUUCGAAGGACUUAAUGGCUGUUGCUGGUGAAGCUUUAAAAACAAACAUUACCACUCUAGGACCGUUAGUCUUGCCCGUAUCGGAACAACUACUGUUUUUUGCGACUUUAGUGGGUAGAAAAGUCAUGAAAAUGAAAAUUAAACCAUAUAUACCAGAUUUUAAAUUAGCAUUUGAACAUUUUUGUAUUCAUGCUGGAGGAAGAGCUGUUUUAGAUGAGCUCGAAAAGAAUUUGGAUUUAAGGGAAAGUCAUAUGGAACCAUCAAGAAUGACUUUAUACAGAUUUGGUAAUACUUCUAGUAGUUCAUUGUGGUAUGAACUUGCUUAUUCAGAAGCUAAAGGGAGAAUUAAAAAGGGAGAUCGAACAUGGCAAAUCGCGUUUGGGUCAGGGUUUAAAUGUAACAGUGCAGUAUGGCAAGCGUUGAGAACGGUUAAUCCAGCUAAAGAGAAGAACCCGUGGAUGGAUGAGAUUGCUGCAUUCCCUGUUCAUGUUCCUAGAGUAGAAUCAAUUGGAUCAUAAACCAACCUAGCUGGGUAGAAUAUUAUGUUCUUCAGCCCAAUUAGGGAUGUUUAAUUUUUCAUGAUGCUUUGACCCUAUUGUUGUAAUAAUUUUUCUCUUUUUACUUUCUACUUAUGAUUCAUUUGUAAGGUGGUCGUUUGAUGUAAUUGAAUCUAAACAUAAUUUGAAAUAUGUGAGAAAUUGCUUA